CCUAGAUACUCCUUUGGUAUUAGUUCUUGUUAAGUGGUGAGCCAAAAUGUUGUGUACAUAUUUUAUAUUAUUCUUAUUUGGUCUGUCACAAGCACAGGACUAUUCAGAGGAGCUUCAAAUCGUUGACUUAACCAAAUUAAAUGACACUCUAUCAACUAACCAUAGGAUUAUUGGAGGGCAACCAGUUAAUAUAGAAAAAUAUCCAUAUACAGUGCAGGUCCUUCUGAACCGAGGUUUAACAUGUGGUGGUUCACUCCUGUCCACUUCACAUGUUCUCACUUCGGCCCACUGCUUUUUUGCUCAAAAUGGUCAAAUGGUGAGACCUUCGCAGUUGAGUGUACGAUUAGGGUCCACAAUGCAAGGUUCAGGUGGAACAGUAGUGAGUGUAUCCAAAUUUGUAAUUCACGAAAAUUAUAAUAUACCAAUACGGAAUAACGACAUUGGAAUAUUGUUUCUGUCUCGUCGCGUGAAGCUUACCAAUCAAAUCUCUCUGGCCUUUAUUCCUCAGCAAGGGAAUAUGGUUCCAGAUAGAGCUACUGUCACAUAUGUUGGAUGGGGAUAUACUAAUGUAAAUGCGCCCGUCGGCUCAACAGUUCUCAACGAAGUGCAUGUGCAAAAUAUCAAUCUGACGAUAUGCUCCAUAAGGUACAAUCAGUUGAGUCAAUUGACGGGGAUGACUUACAUAGUCACCAACGAAAUGUUAUGCGCAGGAAUCCUUGAUGUUGGACAAAAAGACGCGUGCCAGGGCGAUAGCGGAGGCCCCGUAAUAUACAAUGGGGUUGUAGUGGGCAUAACAUCAUGGGGCUACAGCUGUGGGCAUCCAACUUACCCAGGAGUAAACUCCAGGGUCUCUAGCUAUACAACAUGGAUAACCCGAACGAUGAGAGGAUCAGCAAUAACCAGUGCCGGCUCAUUAAAAAUGAUCAUCGUAUUUAUACUAUGUAGUAUAUUAUACAGUUAUUGAAGAGAUUUUACUAUUUCAUUUAUUUAACUUUUAUCAUUCAAAACAUGCACAAACUGUAGUUAUGUAUGUAUCGAUUUUCCUCAAACGAUUGACUUAAGUUUUUAUUAAUAUCUCAGGAAAUAUAUAAAUAAAACACAAGUUUCGGAUAUCACAUAUGAAUAUAAUUAACGAGUAAUGAUAUAGAUAUAGUAUGGUACAGAAUAAAUAUAAGGUACAGGUGACCGCGUCACGACGCCGCGCGCCCACGCACUGACAGCAACACUACUUGACGACACAGCACUGUAACAAUCAACUAACAUUAAUAUGUGUACCACAAAGCUUCAUAUGCGUUCAAAUAAAACCUCUUGAAUAUAUAAAAACGUUGAUCAUUAUUUACGAUCUUUCGUUUCUCGUUUAGAUUGCUGUAAAACACGUCGUCCAAACGUCGAGUAAUAAUUAUGUAAAAUAAUUUCCAGAGGAAACUGUUCUGAAGAAACCAUUAUUUAUUUUACCUGUUUUAUUGUAUUAUUUGUGAUGUAAAUAAAGUUAUUAUUAUAAUUAAAGUA